GCAGGCAGCUUACGGCCCACGUGGAUACGGAGCGGAUCGGAGAAGCGUGCAGACUGAAGGGUUUCUGUACACCUGACUCGGUGUGGAUCCACAUCGGUUGCCAUGGUAGUGCUACACUUCUACAGGAAGGAGGCGCAGAGGGGGCGGAGCCUGCAGAGGGCCAUCCAGCUCUGCCCGCAUGCCGAGAUCCUGACGGAGAGCUGCUACAGUGUGGAGUGGAGGGGUGCAGAGCCCCCCAGUGCAGAGCAGAAGAGUGUCCUGCUGUGGCUGUUCAGCCCCCCCCUGGAGCCCGGACUGCUGAGGGAGCAGCCCUUCCUGUGUGCGGGGGAGGGCGAGAGGCUGCUGGAGAUCGGGCCCAGGUAA